AUCGGUAAUGGGUUGCCUGAGGUACCAAUCUGUUUUCUAAACCUGCAUCGAACUUACCCGAGUUGGCAUCCGAUUCCUGAAUUUCAAACGCUAUUAAGAAACCACACGUCGUAACGUAAAAAAUUGAAAGGUAAUUUAGAAGUUCUUUGGGCGUUGGAUUGCACUCCAAAUACAUGGAGUUGCAGGCUUUUUUGUGUCUUCGACCGGACCUUUUCUCCUCCAUUGCCAAAUACCCCAUUAAACUCAGAGCAAAAUGUAGAACCCAUCAAAAACCCAUAUAUGAAAGCUUGCACUUUUCCAUUCACUCUAAACCGAAUGCUCUCUCCGCUUUAAAUGAAGAGAAUCGCAUUACAGUUUACUCAAAACCCGACUCCCUUUCUGCAUCGAUGGAAUAUUCUCCUUCUAACUUCAGUGACAGUAAAGAGGUUACAGAUUACUUGAAACCCAAGUCUCUCUCUACUACAUGGAAUGAGAAACCUCUCUCUACCUUGAAUGAAAAUACCCAAUUCACAAUCUUCUCCAAAUCCCAACCUUUUGAAGAAACAAUACAAUUCUUCAAUUCAAUGCCCCUUAAAGAUACUGUGACAUGGAACAUCUUCAUCUCUGCUUCUACAAAACAAGCCUAUUUCGAUUCGUCUCUGCAACUCUUUGUAGAGAUGUUAACUUCUCAUUAUCACCCUGAUGCUUUCACCAUUAGAGCAGUUCUAAAGGCAAUUUCAGGCCUGAAUCACCUUGAAUUUGCUGAACAAAUUCAUGGGUUUGUUGUCAAAGCAGCCGAAUUGUACUUUGAUCUUGUCAUUAUCACAAACUUAAUUGAUAUCUACAUAAAGAACAGCUUAAUUGAAAAUGCACGCCAAUUGUUUGAUCGAACCGUAGAGAGAGAUGUAGUGGUGUUUACAGCCAUGAUGAGGGGUUACACAGAGGAAGAGAACUGUGAAGAAGCUCUGAGAUUGUUUCGAGAAAUGGUAGAAGAGCCCAUACCUCCAAAUGAGUUUUCCUUUUCCUGUGUUUUAAGAGCUUGUGCAAACCUUUUGGCUUUGGAAGAGGGUAAACAAGUUCACUCUUACAUUAUAAAAGAAGCAGUGAAUUCUGAUGUGUUUGUGGGCACUGCAUUGGUAAAUUUGUAUGCAAAUUGUGGGGACAUGGAGAGUUCAGAGUUGGCAUUUACAGAGAUUUUCGAGCCAAGUGUUAUUUCUUGGAAUGCCUUGAUAGGUGGGAGCAUUUCAGGAGAAGAAGCUUUAAGGUUCUUUAAUCUUAUGAGAUUUACUGAUACAAAACCAGAUGAUAUAACUUUUGGGUUGCUUGUUAGAGCCUGUGAUGUUAACUUUGGUUGGGGUAGUAUGAUUCAUGGAGCCAUAUUAAAAUAUAAUUUACAGAGAGAUGCAUUUGUAUGGAGUGCACUAGUUGUAAUGUAUGCAAAUUGUGGGCAUAAAUUUGAAGCAUUUCGUGUAUUUUGUGAGGCUAAAGAAAUGGGAAAUGAUCCAGAUGAGGCUACUUUAGCAUUUCUCCUUAGAAGCGUUGGGGAUGUAACACAAGGAAAGCAAUUACAUACAUUGAUUAUCAAACUUCGAGUCAGUGACAAUGCAGCCAUUGCUAGCUCACUGGUUUCUAUGUACUGUGAGAAUUUCUUCUUAAAGGAAGCCCAGGAAGCAUUUAACAGAGUUUCCCAGCCUGAUGUAGUCUUAUGGACUGCAAUCAUAUCAGGGUUUGCUCAAGGUGGAGAAGCUGCAAGAGCCCUGCAAUUCUAUGCCAAAAUGGUAUUUGAGGGGUUUGUGACCCCCAAUCAUUACACUUAUUCCAGCAUUCUAAGUGCUUCUUCUGAACUUGUUGCAAUAGAAGAAGGGAAGCAAAUCCAUUCCCAAAUACUCAAAUCAGGCAAUGAUGUCCAUUCUGAUGUCUUUGUUGCAAGUGGUUUGGUUGAUAUGUAUGCAAGAAGUGGUUUUAUCAUGGAAGCUCGAAAACUCUUUGAAAAGAUGCCUAAAAGAGAUAUAGUUUCAUGGAAUGCCAUGAUCAUAGGCCUAGCUCAACAUGGAUUUGCGGAAGAAGCAAUAGAGACCUUCGAAGAGUUGCUAAAGUGUAGAUAUAUAAAGCCCAACCAUGUCACAUUUGUGGGGGUCCUCUCAGCAUGUAGCCAUAGGGGCCUGGUUGAAGAUGGGUAUCAAUAUUUCUUCUCGAUAAAACGAGUUCAUGGCCUUGAACCCACAAUUGAUCAUUAUGCAUGCAUGAUCGAUCUGGUUGGGCGAGCUGGGCUCUUAGAAGAAGCUAAGAAGCUAUUGGUUACCAUGCCUUUUGAACCUAAUGAAUUGGUUUGGUCUACAUUGCUUGGAGCUUGUAGUAUUCAUGGCAACAUAGAGUUGGGUGAGCUUUCUGCAAAAGAGUUAAUUCAGUUGAAUCCAAAAGACCCUGCAACCUAUGUUGCUCUAUCCAAUAUUUAUGCUUCCUUUGGAAGGUGGGAUGAUGUGAAGAAGGUUAGAAACAGAAUGAGAGCUCGAAGAGUGAGAAAGCAACCAGGUAAGAGUUGGAUCAGAGUGGAUGGAAGCACCCACAUUUUCUUUGCAGGACACAAUAAGUUACAUCCUCAGAUAGAGAGCAUAUUUAGAGAGAUUGAGGAAUUGAUGGGGAAGAUAAAGGACGAGGGAUAUAUGCCAAUGUCUGAACUUGUGUUGCAUGAUGUGGAGGCAGCAAGGAAGGAGGAGAUUCUAUUGAAUCAUAGUGAGAAAUUGGCCAUCACUUUUGGACUUAUGAAUGCACCUCCUGGAUCCACAAUCAGAGUCUUCAAGAAUUUGAGAGUGUGUGGUGAUUGCCAUUCCGCAACCAAGUUUAUAUCCAAGGUUAUGGAAAGGGAAAUCGUUGUAAGGGAUGCUUAUAGGUAUCAUCAUUUCAGAGAUGGGUCUUGCUCUUGCAAAGAUUUCUGGUGAAAAUUUUGACCACAAUUGAUAAGGCUCCCAAUAUUAUCUUUCUUUCUCUCUCUCUCUCUCUCUCUCUUAAUAUACUCCCUUGUCACUCUCUACUGUUUUCUUCCUCCAAUGCUCUCCGUAUGAUUACGGAGUGUGAGAAAUCUACUUAAAGCCUCCAGAAGAUCCAAGUGGAUUCACACAGAGUACAGAAGGGUGUAAGAAUACCAUCUAGAUCACAAGUACCACCUUUGAAGUUGUGGAGUUGGUUUUCAUGGUGAUAUUGGAGGGGCUAAGAAGCCCACUUUUUGGGCUGGACCUUUGUGUCAUAUUUUUCGGAUCUUCUUUAUGCUAAUGACGGUCAGUGUUGCAGAAAUGUUUGAUACUUCCUUAAAGGUUGUGAGCUUGGAGAAAAUACUAAUUGAGGAAACUGCUUAUGUGGCAGGUUGUGAGCAUGCCUACCGGCAUGUUGUGUAGAUGGGCUUCAUACGAUGCAGAUCCUUGGUACAAAGAAGAAACUUUAGAGGCUCAAAAGGAAGCUACAGAAGAAGAGGAAGAACAUCAUUAUGACUACGAUGAGAUCAGUGACUAUGUCGAAGAUGUUUUCUAUGGCAGGCAUUUGCAUUGGAAACUGGAGUUGGGGCGACUGUGCCAUGUACGAGCUGGUUGCAACGAAUCAAAGUAAAUUGUUGAAAGGAUAUGCACUCAUGGAGAAGAAGGUGGUUCUUUACAAGCUCAAGGAAAGAAACCAGCCUCAAGAGCAGCAUGGCAGAAGUGCAAAGCACCAAGGAAACUUGCAACCGGGGGGGGGGGGACUAGUCAUAUACGAAUCAUUCCCUUAUGUAAUGUUAUCCUUGACAUUGUUAAAUGAAAAUGUACAAUAUUUUCAAACUUAAGCAUCUUCUCGGAAUAAUGUUUCAGGAAAUAUUUUACGAUACUGAUAAUUUUGGAAACAAAUAAUUAGGAAUUAUAUUGUUCCUAUGCCCAGUACAGGCCUGGAAAUAUUGAUUCUAUUUUAG